AUGUCUAGCUGCUCCAGUGAAGUUGAUGUGGUAAAAACUCCAAUAACUACUUGUGAUGAUGAUGACAAUGGCAUUCUUUAUGCAUAUCAAUCAAAGCCUGGAUAUGGCAAUCAAAGUGUUCAGUCUAACACAUACUAUGAAGAGCAACGAAAAUCAGUUGCGGAUAUCCUGAAUCGUUGCAAGAUCAUCCAAAAUUCUGUUCAAACCCUGAAUAAGAAGUUUAAAACCAUUCAUGGAAAGGUUUCAAAAAUUUACCGUUUUCGUACAAAAUUAAUCUGGCAAAAUCGCAAACCACUUGGAUAUGCAUACAAACAUUACAGUUACCUGCUUUCUAGAAAGGUUAAACUGCAGAAAAAGAAGACAGAGAUGGAGAUGGAGAUGUCUCUUCCAGCUUCAUGCCAUUGUGGAGAAAGUUAUAGCCCAACUAUACCAGUAAAAAGACCCAAACAUGAUUCCCAGAGCAGCAUUGUAGGAAAUUAUUAUGCAUCACAGGAUUCCAUUAUCCAUGAUAAUGAGGAUCAUGAGAUGCGCCUUAGCCAGAGUCCAACAUUCCCUCCCUACACACAGGAAGAUUCAUCACAUUACAUUUCCGAUGAGCAAAUGGAGCGCUCCCCUUUCAUAGCCUCCUUUGAUAAUCAGGGGCCUCACAGUGCCAUGAAUAUCUUAUCAGGUGCAAAAAAUUCCACAUCAGUAUCUGCAGCUAUGCUAGAGCAAGAUGCAUCAGAUGGAGCUGUCACGUGUCCGCUAAGUCAAAGCUUCCCUCAGGACCCUUCAACUUGGACAGUAGAUGAAGUGGUCCUGUUUCUAGAGCAUACAGAUCCUGAGGCAUUCAUCCCCAUUGCCGACACCUUCAAGAAACACGGUAUCGACGGGAUAGCUCUGCUACUGCUCCAGAGUGAAGUUAUGAUAAAGUUUAUGGGAAUUAAGCUAGGAACAGCUCUGAAGUUGUGCCACUAUGUCGAAAAGCUUAAAGCAGAAAGAAGCAUUAAAGUAUAUUAG